CAAUCAAUUGAUUAUAACUAUAAUAAAAACUUGGAUAAAUUUAUUAAUAUUGAAGAGACUAUUUAUAGUAAUGAUGAUAUUAAUGUUGAAGAAACAAAUAAAGAAAAUUAUAAUAAUUUAAAUUUGUUAUAUAAUUCAGAUUUAAAUAGAAUAGAUAAUAAUAAUAGUUCAGAUAUUGAUAGUUUAUAUGAAGACUCAGAAAAUAGUGAAGAUAAUUCUAUAGAUUAUUAG